GGAUAUAAUUGCCCGUUUUGGUAAGCAAGAGGCAAUGCCAAGAGAAUUCUUCACUGAUUUUGUGAAGGUGGCACAAGACGAAGGUCGUCACUUCACCCUUCUUGCUGCAAGACUUGAGGAAAUGGGAUCUUUCUAUGGAGCAUUUCCGGCUCAUGAUGGUCUUUGGGAUUCAGCUAUCGCUACUUCUAAAGACCUGUUGGCAUGCCUAGCAGUCGAGCACUGCGUCCAUGAGGCUAGAGGACUUGAUGUGCUGCCCACAACCAUCUCUCGUUUCCGCAAUGGAGGUGAUAGCCAGACUGCUUGCUUACCGGAGAAUGUGGUUUACCCAGAAGAGAUUACCCAUUGUGCUGCUGGGGUGAAGUGGUUUAGGUAUUGUUGUUUGAGGUCUAGAUACCCUAUUUCAGGUGGUAAUAUCUUGGAUUCUCCAGAAAAAAGAUCCCAAGAAAAUGACACUACAUUUGAAGAAAAUGAAGAAAUGAUUCAGAAGUUCCACGCAAUAGUGAGGACGCACUUCAGGGGGCCAUUGAAACCUCCUUUUAACGAGGCAGCGAGGAGAGCUGCUGGGUUUGGUCCUCAAUGGUAUGAACCUUUAGCUUUCAAGGAUGCCACCCCAAAAAAAUGACAUAGUUAGCGACAUUUUCGUCAUCUUUGGUAUCGAGAAUCUUUACUGGUUGUUCUUCAUAUGCUAUUCUAUC